AUGAGCAGCACCGAAGCCAAGUCCACCGAUAUUCACAAGGCCCUAUUCGAGCAAGGUCUCAAGACCCGCCGCGAAGUGGUCGGCAGCGCCUACGUCGACCGCGCACUAGCCAACGGUUCAACCGAGUUCUCAGCCCCAGGACAGGAGCUCGUUACAGAGUGGUGCUGGGGCUACGCCUGGGGCCGCCCCGGACUUGAGAAGGAGCAGCGUAGUCUGCUCAACAUUGGCAUGCUGAUGGCGCUGAACCGCACACCAGAGCUGGCCGUGCACGUUCGCGGUGCCAGGAACAAUGGGCUGACGGAGGAGGAGAUCAGAGAGGCUAUCAUUCACUGUACUAUCUACUGCGGUGUGCCGGCAGGUGUUGAGGCUAUGAAGACGGCGGAGAAGGUAUUGGAGGAGAUGGCUGAGAAUGGGGAGAAGCCGCGGGAAUUAGGUGCCAAGAAGGAGUUCUUCAAGUAA